AUGGAAUUAGCCAAUAAGAUGGGAUUGUCAGAUACUCAAGUCAAAACCUGGUAUCAGAACAGAAGAACAAAAUGGAAGAGACAAUCAUCAGUCGGCAUGGAUUUACUGUCGGAUGCUAACAAUUUGGCGGCCGUUCAACAACUUCUUCGUACCAACCCCCUCUGGGCAUCUAGCUAUCUUACGAAUAUGUCGCCAUUUAUGGUUGGCCAGCAACUAUCAUCUAGCGCUCUUUCAUCAACAGUACCAACAACUACCUCAACAACAUCAAGUGAAACCAUUCCCUCAUCAUUACCUCAACUGCUCUUAACCGGUUCAUCAACUACAGCAUCUCCUAUGUCAUCAUUACCGUUCUUAUUGCCAGCCAGUAGUCUGUCUACAUCUUCAGGCUUAUUAACAACAGCUCAAGUGCCAUCAACAGAAAAAUCGGAAUAA